AUGUCUCAACGCAACUGGCAUGGCGGCGCCUACCGUCCCGCAACCUCUGUGCCGGCGAAUGCUCAUGCCCAUGCCCAGGCUCACGGUGGUGGCUACCAGCCGGGAGUGUCUGCCCCUAGACCGCAGCAACCCACGCCGGCGCCUUUACCUCACGGUGGUGGUUACCAGCCAGGAGUGUCUCCCCAUAGGCGGGAACGAGACAUGCCGAGGCAGCAAGCUCGCAGUGCUCACCAGCCAUCUGGCGAGAAAGACCAACACCACACGCAGGGCAAUCUCCCUCACGGCGGCCACCCCCAGCAGCACGACGUGCCCAGGCCCCAAGGACCCCAGAACCCGACGGCCGCGGCACGCGGAGCCGAGCAAGCCUGGCAGCAGCCUCAGCAACCCAACUGGAUCCCCAAUCCCGCUCAGCAGCAGCCUUCUCCCCAGAACCAGAAGGAACCAUUCAUGGCGGCGACUCUUGAUCUUGGCAAACCGAGCGGCAUAGCCGAUACGGCUACCGGAGCCGGCCAUCCCCGGACCUACCAAAGAGGAUAUGCCAACCUCUCCGACCCGCGCGCCAGGCUCCGGUGGGAAUUCCCCAACUCGUACCAGAAGCCCGGGCUGAGCUUCGUCUCGACAGACAAGCGGCGCCACCGCGAUAUCCUGCAGCGCGUCUGGCAGGGACCCCCGAACGACAAGUACCUCAGCCCGUGCGACGGCCGCCUGAAGAACCUCGUCGUCCAGGCCGCGCAGGACGUCUACAGCGGCGCGCAAAACUCCACCUGGCGACGCACCUUUGUCCGCAACGUCAGCCCCAUCUACAUCCAGCUGGCCAACUUUCCCUUUAGCUCGGUGUCCACCGACCCUGGGGCCUGGACCGGCGAGGACUGGGCCAUGGUGGGCCUCAAAUGGAUUCCCACGUGCCUGGGCCUUUUGUGCGUUCUGCUUUGGCAACCUACCGCCGCGGAGGGCCAGCUGAGGAACAACGGCUGGUACGAUCCCUUCAAUUACCGCUACUGGGGGUACCCCAAGGUGGCGAGGAACUACUACGAGAGCCCGGCCGCGGUGGACGUCAUCCCCCACGGCGGAAGCGCCAGCAAUCUCAUGAUCCAGCGCGUCCUCGGCCCCCGGUACCUCUGCUUCCUCAACGAGCCGUCCGAGAAGCAGAUGCGCGGCGUGGCCGUACGCAGAGUCGAUCAGUCGACCGCGAGCACGCCCUACCUCUUCAUCGCGUACACGGCGGAGCAGUUUGAGGAGCAAGACUUCGAGGACCUCCACCACAUCGCGGAGCGGGCCGCCAGAGAAGCCGGCGUGCCGGCCUACUGGGUCGGCUGCAGCUGCAUGCAGGACAAGGAGGAGAUUGAGGACGACGUCUACCGCAUCAGCGACGUGGUGCGCGGGGCUCACUCCCUCGUCAUCGCCGUCGGCCCCUCGCGCAGCCGGCCGGACUGGAGCUCCCCGGACGCCAUGCUGCAGAUGUGGGGGGAGCGCAUGUGGACGCUGCCCGAGGCCCUGCUCAGCCCGGCCGACAAGGACGUCACCAUCUGCACCCGGGGGGGCGGCUCGGAUCCGCGCGUCAUCUCCAGGAAGCAGCUUGCCGCGGUGGUCUGGGACGACCCCUUGGUCUCGAGGCAGCUCAUCGACCAUUUCAACAAGACGCUCGACCUCAGCCGCCUGGAGCUCGUCUCCAUCGCCCUCGGCUGCCUGCGCGGCAGGAAAACCACCGAGUACCUCCCCGGCGACCUGUCGUACGCCCUCAUGGGGCUCUUGCGCCUGCGCCCGCAGAUUGACGAGUCCGACUCGGCUUUCCAGGCCUUUGCGAGGCUCUCCCUCGCCAACGACAGCGACAUGCUGCUCGAGCGGCUCAUCUGCAUGCUGCCCAAGGACCGCGACGCCUCCUCGUGGCUGGCCAUGGACGACGCCUGGAACGCCCACCUCUGGGACAUUUACCCGGCCUGCCAGGUCGCGGGGGUCGGGCACGACAACACCGUCAUCCUGGACGGGGCCUUUGGCGCAGCCAUCCGGUGGAAGGCCUUUGCCACCGUCAAGGCCAUCGGCGUCGACUCGUGGAGACGCCUGGGAUCGCGGAUGCUCAUCCACGGCGCGCCGCUCGUCUUCCUGCUCGGCGUCAUCCUCGUCGCCACGGGCGCGUCCGUCCUCGUCGGGGCCCUGCUGCUCAUCCUGUCCCUGCUCAUCAUCGUCCCGUCGCCCUACCUCGUGCGCGUCAUCUACUCGGGCAAGAUCUGGGGCUCGCAGGCCUGGUUCUUCGGCUUCGAGGGAUACCUCGACCUGGCCACCAUCGAGUCCCACAUCUUUGGCGCGUACCUGGGCCGGCUGAAGUGGAGCCCGGCCAGCAGCUCCAUCUCCAAGCACAUGAUGAACGAGCACGGCGAGUGCGUCGGCGUCGACCCGACCGCCGACGCGGGCGUCAGGGCCAUGGUCGAGCAGGCCCGGCACGGCGCCCACGGCGACCUCAAGGUGUUUACGCUGGUCGACACGUACACCCUGACGGUGACCAUGUUCCUGGCGGCCAGGCCCCCCGUCGCGGUGCUCAUAUGCGGACGCGAGGGGGGCAUGCAGCGAGCCCUCAUGUGCUCCUACGACUGGGCGAGCCAGACCCUCUACCGGGAGACGGUGCUGAGGAUGGAGACGCCGGUGCUGGAGAGGAUGUUUCGCGUGAAUCGCUUCCGCUUCGGCCUGCAGAGGCCUCUGCCCGACGUGCAGUAG